UUCCUACUUUCGUUUAAAUCCAAUUUUAUCUGACGUCCCUGAUCAAGUAUUUUUCCAGUUGUGUGGUGUGUAUAUCGAGGCUUCGGCUGGAUCGAUCAGAGUAUUGAUCACCAACCAGCCUCCUGUCGGGCUGUGAUUUAUUGCUUACGCUUCCGGAUGAGUGAACGGAUGAGAUGAAGUGAUGAAUUAAAGAUGAAUAUGAAUAAGUGAUGCUGGUGUGUAUGUGUGUGGGAGGUCACGUGACCCGGGCCGCUCCGCGAGACGUCACUUCAUUCAGGAGCAGCACGAGGACGGAGACGGACGAUGCGCGAGACCACGUGACUCAGAGAGAAAAAGAACAAGAACAAGAGGAAGAAGGAGAAGAAGGAGAAGAAAGAGAAGAAAGAGAAGGCGAAGUGGUUGAACAAAGAUAAAUUGACCUUGAAUCUGAUUGGCUGCCUCUCCCUGUGGACAUCAUGCUGCCGCAAGCUGAAAUAGGUUCCCCGAGAAACAACCUGAGUUUCAAUGUUUGCGAGCCGCGAUACAAUGACGGCCGCCUGCCCCUGACGCUGCUGUACAGCACUGUGUUUGUCGUUGGUCUGCCCACCAACCUGCUGACGGUCUUCCUCACCUGGCUGCAGGUGCGCAGGAAGAAUGUUCUGGGUGUUUACCUUUUUGCCCUGUCGUUGUGUGACGUCACCUACUUGGGCACGCUGCCUGUGUGGGCCGACUAUGUCAGCCGAGGACACCGCUGGCAGUGGACUUCAGCCGCCUGCAAGCUGACAGGUUAUAUCUUCUUCAACAACAUGUACAUCAGCAUCUUCCUGCUCUGCUGCAUCUCCAUCGACCGCUACGUUGCUGUUGUCUACAGCGUGGAGUCCCGCGGCCUGCGGCGGGGACGCCACGCCGUCCUCAUCACCCUCACCAUCGUCUUGGUGGUGGCCCUGGGUCACAUCCCCGUCUUCACCAUGAAGGAGGGCGAUACCACCAAGGGGUCGCAGCGCUGCUUUGAGCCGAACCAGAGCAAUGCCACGGUGACAGGCUUCAACUACGCCCGCUUCAUCGUCGGCUUCCUGAUCCCGCUGCUGCUGCUGGUGGUGACGAACCGCGGCAUCCUGGUCAACGUGCAGCGCAGCACGGGGCUGCGGCAGGAGCAGAAGCAGCGUGUCCGUCGGCUGGCGGUGGCCGUGGUGGUCCUGUUCCUGGUCUGCUUCGCCCCCUACCACGUGAUCCUCCUGAUCCGGGCAGUCAUCUUCCACUUCCCCCAGUUGGAGAACGGCACCUGUCUUUUCGAGAAUACCAUGUACACCCCUUACACCAUCUCCCUCGGCCUGUCCACCGUCAACAGCGCCGUCAACCCCAUCCUCUACGUCUUGUCCAGUGACAACAUACGCAAGGAGCUGAGCCGAGGACUUGCACAGUUCUGCGGCCGAGCGCUGCACCGACCGCGAUCCAACAGCAGCCAGAACAAGAUCCAGCCCUCCAACAACUCCUUAGUGCCGCACGUUGGGACUGAAACUGAGAGACAGGCAGCAGGAACGCCACCAGAGACCUGAUGGACCGGCCUCUACACAACCCAACCAAACACUGUCCAGACGGCGGUGUCUGAAGUACGGCCGGCCCUGCAGGGUCAUCCAGCACAUACUACCGAACUCUACUGGUCUCUCCUGCAACAAACAUCAUGGAGUCACGUGAAGGGUUCAUCCUCUGAGGAGCAGGAUCCUAGCAGGACUAGAAGGUGGUGAGAAAUCUUUUCAUGGACCACAAUGAUGGAUGGAUCUAUGAACGCGUCCGGUAACAGGACAAAAUGUGUCUGAGACUCUUAAAGGAACUGAAAUGCUGUUUUCAGAAGCAAAUUUUUAAAAAUUGUUUUGAACUAAAAUCAUUGUGAAAAUGUUGUUUGUUGUUCAGUGUAAUUCCACUGAUGAUUAACAUGGUCAGAAAAAGCAGAAAACGUGUGACAUUUGUCAUAAUAGCAAUAGUAGCAGAGGUUUCACAUGAAGUUUGUUUUCAUUGGUCAGACUGUAUUCAUAUUUAACAGUGAAUAUUUAAAUUCUGUCAUUUUAAAGAAAGAAUUCUGAUAAAAAAAAACAACUUCAGCAACUCCUGUAUGUUGAAGCAAACAAAUAAUGUUUAAAUGCACAAAUUAAUGGAUAAGUUACUGAAGAGUGUGAAUAGAACAUCUUCAUUCACACAUGGAAAUAAGUUUUUCUGCUUUUCGUGUUUCUACUCAGGAGACAUUCGAAAAACUGAAACUGAUCCUGAAGGUCUCCAUAAUCCUACAAAGCCUUCAAACUAUUUGCAUGAAAACAUUUUCUCAGUAAAAACAAACCCAGGUUUA